AUGGCGUCUAGGAGCUCGAAUAGUGCUACUGCUCUGCGACGAUUGAUGACAGAAUACAAGCAACUGACCUCCGGAGGCUCGCCAGAUGGCAUGUUCACCGCUGGUCCUAUUUCUGAAUCCGACUUCUUCUGCUGGGAAGCCCUCAUCUGUGGGCCAAAAGACACCCCUUUCGAAGGCGGCGUUUUUGCGGCCAAACUGACCUUUCCAUCCGACUAUCCCUUAUCCCCUUUCAAAAUGAAGUUCGAUCCUCCUUUGUUCCACCCUAAUAGCACGAAAUUUUACGCCGAUGGGAACGUGUGCAUAUCAAUCUUGCACACCCCUGGCGACGAUCCGACUAUGUACGAGCAAGCCUCUGAGCGCUGGAGCCCUGUGCAGAGCGUCGAGAAAGUGAUAUUGAGCGUUAUCUCAAUGUUGGCGGAACCAAACCUCGAAAGCGGCGCCAAUAUCGAUUGCUGUAAACUGUACCGCGACAACCGACAGGAGUACGAAAGAAUAGUACGAGCAUCUAUAAGGGAACAAUUAGGUUUGUAGCUGUAGGCGGUAGAAGAUAUACUGAAGUGUAUCGUAUAAAGAAUCCGUGUAUAGCUGCAGCACAAAUAAGUUAAUGAUUACGGUCAUAAGAGGUC